AUGGUUUCUCUUUGGUGGGAUCAUGCUUAUAUUAUGCACAGUCAUAAGCAGGAUGUUCAUCACAAAGACACAAGUGCCGCUGGUGGCGAAGAAACAGAGACACAACCCAUUUCAGUGCAUCAGAAGUUUGGUAUGUCUUUACCAGCUGUUUGCGGUAUCUGUUUGCAGACAUUAGGGAAUCAAGAACGCUUUCAGAGACUAAGAUGCGAUCAUAUGUUUCACACAAGAUGUGUUGAUACGUGGCUUCGACGAAACCAGGACGACUGUCCGUUGUGCAAAUCGACAAGGCAGCUCAUGACUAUAUACGACGAUGAUACCCAGAGGACAAGGCGAGAUUUGGCUUGGUUUAAGCUCAUUGGCAGUGUCUCUCGAGAGACUCAGUUUACCUACAUGGAUAGAAAAUAG